UUACGAGAGAGGAGUGAAUGAUGGAGGAAGGAGAAACACGCUGAGGCGCCGGACGUAAUGCAGGUGGUCACCAUGGCGUUACCAUAGAGACAGAGAGAAAGAUAGACACUGUGUGUGUGUGCGCUGUGGUCACUACCCCUUGUGGUCAUUACUGUAGAGAGCGAGUGGAACCCUGUAGAACCUUAAGUGUUAGAGUUCUACACACUCAGGUGUGUGUGUGUGUGUUAGAGUUUUACACAACACACUAUUUAUUUACACAACACUUUCACAACAACACUGUGCUGGACAUCUGACCACUGAGAUUGAAGAUCCAGACAGGACAAAAGCACAUAAAUAAAUGAAUAAAAGGUGUAUGAUGGUAACAUGAAGAUAAGAACAGGAAGUGGACAGAGUGAAAGUGGAGGUGAGGAAAGUUUGAGUCUGGAUGUGAUGAAGAUCCUCAGUGUUCCACAGGAGCAGGUUGGACAGAGAGAUGGACAGUUUCUGUGAUGGAGGAGGAUCUCACUCCUUCACAGGGACAUGGAGAGACGAGUCGGUGUGAGAUUCCAUCAUGCUGCAGGACCUCACAGCAGAAGUGGAUGUAGAAUGUUCAAGUCUGAGGGAGGGCGUGGCCCUGGAGGUUAAAUAGGGUGUGGCCUCAUACCCUGUCUGCUCACUCUGUAAACAUUCUCCAUACCGUUUAUCUAUAAAGAGAUAAAUGAAUGUUUUUAUUUCUACUGUUUCUCUUUCCUCCUGCACACCAUCAGGCAGAAGGUAUAGAACAAUCAAAACCAGAACAAAUAGACUGAAGAACAGUUUUUACCCUAGAGCAGUACAAGUAUUAAAUGCUUAGUGAAUUUUUUCCGGGAGAAUUAUUUUCUCCAAUAUGCGUAAAUCUUGGGCAAUAUUUGUCUUCUCAUGUGCAAUAUGGGUAAAGUGCAAUAUAUGCAACUCCCUUGUGCAAUAUUUUGGUGCAGUAUGAGUAAUUGUUUCAUGUGUAAUUUGUGUAUCCUGUGUAAUACAGUAUGUGUAAAGCACCUGAUUUCGUUGGACAUACCACAGGUUCCAGUGACAGUAAAGAUAUUCUAUUCUAUUCUAUUCACACCUGCACACUGGACUGAUUUAUCAUCUCUAUCCAGCAUCGGUUCCUGGUUCAGUCAGGUUCCUCCUCAGGUUCCUCCAUAGGUUCUUCCGCAGUUUUUUCCUUAGGUUCCUCCAUAGGUUCUUCCUCAGGUUCCUCCUCACUGUGUGUAGGUGUAUGUGUGUACUGCUGCACUGUGUUGAUGUUAAACGGGUCACACCGAGCUGAGUAGAACCUGCAGAAGGAGGCAGAGCUGGAACGUUUUUCUGUGAGCUUUAUUACUUUUUCUCUGUUUUUAACUUUUUACAUGUGCUUGGUGAACAUCUGUACUUUUUCUUUUCUUAUUCUUUAACACACUUUAUUUUAUUAAACUCUAAUCUGUUUAUUCUGCUCCAGGUUUGUACUUAACAUUCUGAAAUCUAUUAUUCUUUUUGUUUUUGUUCUUUAAUUUUGAUGAAGAUGAUGAUGAAGAUGAAGCUGGUUGUUGUUGCUGUUGUGUUUUCAGGGGUUUGGGUCUUAUGGGUCUCUUCAUCCUGGACGUGAUUUAUUUUUGUCCUGCAGGGUCAAUAUUUGUGGUCCCCUCUUGUCUAAAUGUCAUCCCUUCUUCCGAGACAAUACGGAGGGGUGAAGGACGACAGAAUGGAGGGAGUGUGGGAGGAAGGGAGUGACAGAGGGGGCAGACUCAUAAAGAACAGCAACAAAGUUUGGGAAAAUUAAACAAGAUGUAAAGGGGACAGGGGCAUGUCCUCCGUCUCUCUCUCUCUCUCUCUCUCUCUCUCAUUGUAUUUAUUUCUCAGAUUAUUUAUCACUCGCUUCACUCGGUUUUACGCAAAAGAAGUUAUAUAAAGGAAGCGAUAUAAGGGGGUGACAUUUUCCGACGCAGACCUCAUACACACACACACACACACACACGUCAUGAGUAUUCAAGAUCAAGAUUCAAGAAUCUUGAAAUAAGAAAAUAAGAAACUCCUACAGUCACACACACCAACAGUGCUUAAGCUACACUACAGCAGUCACACACUGAAUUGUGUGUGUGUGUUUCAGUGUGUAAAUAAAAGUGAGUUGUUUAGUUUGAAUUUGUGAUUCACUUGAUUCACUCAUUUAGAGUACGAGUCAUUCAUGAUUCACUCAAAAGACUCAUUUAGAGAACGAGUCAUUCGUGAUUCACUCAAAAGACUCAUUUAGAGAACGAGUCAUUCGUGAUUCACUCAAAAGACUCAUUUAGAGAACGAUUCAUUUGUGAUUCACUCAAAAGACUCAUUUAGAGAAUGUGUCAUUCAUGAUUCACUCAAAAGACUCAUUUAGAGAACGAGUCAUUCAUGAUUCACUCAAAAGACUCAUUUAGAGAAUGUGUCAUUCGUGAUUCACUCAAAAGACUCAUUUAGAGAACGAGUCAUUCAUGAUUCACUCAAAAGACUCAUUUAGAGAACGAGUCAUUUGUGAUUCACUCAUCACUUACCAAUAUUUAUGAAACACACACAUUCAGUGCUAACACUGAUUUUGAGGCUGAGCUCAUCUCUCUGUCUCUCUCUCUCUCUCUCUCUCUCUCCACCCCCACCCCCACCUGCCCCUCCACUCUUUAUAACCCCUGCCCCAGCUCUUUAUCUGCACUCCCCUCAUACUCCUCCGGAUUGUCCUCUAGAGGAAUACACACACUAGUCGCUUUGGUCUCUGGCUCUGGACGAUAAUCUCCUUUAAUUACGACUUUAACUGGACUUUAAUUAACACUUCAGAUAAAUGAAUCCAGCUGUUCCAGUUAAAGACAAGUGUUUUAUAGAGUAUUGGGAGAUAAAGUGAUGGUCAGAACUAUCUGUUAUUAAUGAUUUAAUACUUUAAUAAUUAGAGAGUCACUGACCACGGUGUGGAAGCUGACUGGACAGAACCCUGAGUAAAUGCCUGGAGGUUCUCAUGCUCACACUGUUGAUUAGCUUCUUCUGUUUUGUCGUUAUUAUUAUUGGAUGGUUGCCGUGGCGCUGUGGACAGGUGAGUCUCACUUCCUCAUUCCAUUAUACUUCACCUACUCGUGAUGUCAUAAGACACGUCUCAUACUGCCUUAAUGUUCUGGCCUUUUAAUAAUUCAUUAAGAUUAAUUAAUGCUCUCGGCCAAUCAGAACACACCUGCUCCGUGUGUGUGUGUGUGUGUAAUCAUAUCUGCUGAUGAUUGGAACUUAUUUAUUGACAGGUAUGAGGGGAACAUCCCCAGCACUGCCCCUGAGAGAGUGAGACUGAUGGACAGACACAUAACGACUGAAAAUAGAUUAACAGAAUAAUAAGCCAUAGAUGGACAGACACUUAGAUGGUCAUUCAGACUGAGAUUAAAGCAUCACGACUCGGACUGAGAGACAGACAGAUAGACAGCAGACAGACAACUAGAGGGACUGACAGUGGGACAGACAGUCUGAUGCCCACUGUCUCUUCUGUCAAUCAUACGGGACCACGCCUCCUGCUGUUGCUAUGGGCAACCCACCUCACCAUGGCAACCAACUGGCUUUCUCUGGUGCGUGUGCCGCGCUCUCGGCCGGUGUCCGGUUCAGGAGUGUGUGUCCGUCUGCGGGGUCUGUCUGUGGGGCAGGUGGGGGUGUGUAGGGCACGAGGGGAGGUGAUGGAGUCUGUACGCAGAGCGUCUGAGAUGGUCAUCGAUGAGUGUCAGCAUCAGUUCCGUAAUCGGAGGUGGAACUGCUCCACUACUCCUCGUGGUGUCAACGUCUUCGGCCGUGUUAUGAAUCAAGGGACACGGGAGGCAGCGUUUGUCCACGCCCUCUCCUCUGCAGCCGUAGCUGUUGCAGUGACACGAGGCUGCAGUCGGGGGGAGCUGGAGAGGUGCGGCUGUGACCGCAAGGUCAGGGGAGUCAGUCCUGAAGGGUUCCAGUGGUCAGGGUGUUCAGAUAACCUGUCGUACGGUGUUGCGUUCUCUCAGACAUUUGUGGAUGAGCCGGAGCGAGUGAAGGGCACAUCAUCGGGACGACCGCUAAUGAAUGUCCACAACAAUGAAGCAGGACGGAAGGCGAUCCUCCACAACAUGCAGGUGGAGUGUAAGUGUCAUGGUGUUUCGGGUUCCUGUGAGCUCAGAACCUGCUGGAAGGUGAUGCCUCCUUUCCGCAGAGUCGGCGCUGUCCUGAAGGAGCGGUUUGACGGAGCCACAGAGGUGCGGGUGACGCGUAUCGGUUCUCGUGCCGCUCUGCUGCCGAAGGACCCCGAUGUGAAGCCACCUGCUGCGCGAGAUCUCGUCUACUUGGUCACGUCUCCUGAUUUCUGUCACCUGGACCCUGAGAACGGCAUUCUGGGAACCGCCGGCCGCCGCUGCAACGGAACGUCACGUUUAGCCCCGGACAGCUGUGAGCUGCUGUGCUGCGGUCCGGGUUUUCGCUCGGGUCGGGCCGAAGUGGUUCAGCGCUGCUCUUGUAAAUUCUCGUGGUGCUGCUCAGUCCGGUGUCAGCAGUGCAGAAACACAGUGCAAAUACACACCUGCAGAGAGUGACACACACACACACACAUACACACACGCACACAACUAACUACAUGAGACAAAGCUUUAAGGUGGAGAAUAACCCUGUAACCCCGGCUGUGGCGUGGAGGAGAGAGGAAUAAAUGUAGAGUAGAGCAUGUAGAGUUCCUAAUCUUCAGCGUAACUGAUAAUAAUUUCAUAUUUAUUUCAGACUCAGUACAUCAUCCAGCUGCUGUAUUCAGCUACACACACCUGCACACACACACACCCUUUAAUAAACUCAUCACAAUGGUUACAGUAGUGUUGGGCUUCUCAUUCUUCAUCUCACACACACACACACACACUUCUGUUUUUCUGGUACACACUGUCACUAAUGGAGCCAUUAAUUACAAAUUGAUAUUAUUAAUUGAUUCAAUUAUAAUUGUUAUUAUUAUUGUUAUUAUUGUUGUUGUUUUGUUGUUGUUGUCUUAAUGUUUUUUUUGUUUAUUAUGUUGUUGGUGUUUUUAAUUACCCAAGUUCUAGUAAGAACAUUACUGGUUUUUGUCUACACAUAAAUCUAUGGCCUGGUGAAGGUUAGGUGUUAAAUGAACUCCUUCAGUGUUAAUGACUGGAAUUGGAAUGACCAAUGGCAUUCGUCCUUUAUGACACGCCCACUAUUGUAUGUGAUUCUCUGGAGGUUAUAAUGCAUUAUAAUAACAGUACACACUCAUUAGUGCUGACCUGUUUCUGUGUAACUGGGUUACUGUGGACAUGUGAGAGAAUAUUAUAGGAUAGAGAUCUCGCCCCUCCUUCUACUACCUCACACACAUCACUGAGAUGCAUAGAGUUUGUGUGUGUGUGUGUAUGUGUGUGUGUGUGUAAAAUUAAGUAGGUCACACGACAGCGUGUCCAUCAUGGUUUACAUACUCUUCACUCCAUCUCUGUGUAGUCCUUUCCAGAGCGUGACAC